GUAUGAAUAUCAUGUUUCUGCACUGGAUGUAGGCCUACAGGCAGACGCAGGAUAGAUAGGUUUCAUUUGUGAUUUGACAGUACUCGAUCAAUUCUGACCGAAAAGUUUAAUCAACAGAUAAGGAGAGAGGAGUCGAAAAGAAUAAGAGAAACAAGACAAUGGCUUCAUCUAAUCAUUCGGAUGAUGGUGAUGCUAUCAUGAUGCUCAAGAGGACAUCUUUAGAGGGCUAUCCGAUCAAAGAUGUCUGCGGUAACCCUGAGUGCGUAGUCAUGACAACCUUCAAUGGGCGUGUCUAUACUUGUGACCCGACAGGUGUUCGCAAGCAGGAGAAUUAUGUCGAGAUGAUCUUUCCGACAUCCGAAGAGGAGGCUGGAUCCGGCGUUGACAUCGUGAGCGUAUGCUGUGGUCGACAUCACUUCCUUGCCCUUUCUGCCGAUGGUCGGGUCUACAGCUGGGGUAGGAACGAUGUCGGGCAGCUUGGUAUUCGGAAAAAGAAAAAGAGACAUCAUAACCGGAGCCAAACAACACAAGACUUAAAACCAAGAUUGAUCGAAGAACUCUCAAACUAUGACGUCAUCCAGAUUGCGUGCGGAGACGACCAUUCACUCGCACUCACUCGAGAUCGUCGGCUGUUUUCAUGGGGUUCCAACAGUCAUGGUCAGCUAGGUGUGAAGACCAAGGGACACGCGAAACCCAUAGAAAUCAAAGGUCUCUGGGGAAUCCCAUUACAACACAUUGCCGCUGGCGGCGCUCAUUCCGUUGCUCUUUCCACUACCGGGUCAAUAUUUGUAUGGGGCAGUAACACGCAUGGGCAGUUGGGAUUACAGCAGUUGGAUGGUAAGCGACAGUAA